GACCUCCGUGCUCGCCAUCGCCGACGGCGACGAGCUCAAAUCGCGAGAAAAAUGCAAGCCCUACGACCGUCGCCGACGUUGCACUACUCGACGCGCCCGCUCGCGACCGCUGCGCUCCCAUCGGAGGCGUACGUGCUCGCCCUCGCACGCACAUCGACGCACUACGCUGCAGCCGCCUCGGCGCCCUCGGAUGCGAUCCAUCUCUUCGACCGCACGUCUCUACGCGGCGUCGGCACCUUCCCGGGACACCCUGGCGGGCUCACCGCCCUGAAAUCACUCGAAAACCUUGGCGGGAGCACGGCGCCGCUGCUCGCAUCCGCUGGGCGCGACGGCGUGGUGCGAACAUGGGACGCGCGCACCGGUUUUCAAAAGCCUUUACUCGAAAUGUCCGUGCCGCCGACGGGCAAACGCCGCGCGGUCCUCUCUUUCGACGUCUCCACCGACGGCGCGCUGCUCGCCAUGGGCUCGGACAUCCCCGCGCCGGGCGACGACGCGCUCCUGCUCUUCUUUGACCCCCGUGCGCCGGGCGCGCCGCUCCGCACGCACGCGUCGACGCAUUCGGACGACGUCACCGCCGUUCACUUCCUUCCGCCGCACCUGCGCGCGGCGCACGCCGGGAGCGGGAGCCGGUAUGAGGGCGUGGCGCGCGUUGUGUUGAGCGCGGGCAGCGACGGGUUGGUGUGCACGAGCGACGCGGAGCAGGCGGACGAGGACGAGGCUGGUGUCGCGGUGGGGAACUGGGGGUGCAGCGUCGCACGGUGCGGGUGGGUGCCUGUGCGGAGCACGUUCGGCGCCGGUGCGCGAGUUUGGGCGGCGAGCGACAUGGAGACGUUCAGCAUCUGGACGGACGAGCUCGAUCAGCUGUAUAACGCUGACAUCCGCGAGCCUUCUCUGCACGAGGCUGGGCGGACAUGGGUAACCGACUACCUCAUCGGCUGCUACACGCCUUCCUUGCCCACUUCAGACCCUUUGCAAGUGUUCGUCGGGUCCAAUGAAGGCGAUUUCGCCCUCCUUUCACCAUCAUCGCCAUCGCAAGACCCCUCGAGUUCGAGUUCUGGCUCAAACACCCCCUUCUCAUGGACGCUUCAAGGCCUCUUCACCAACGCUCACGCCGGCGUCGUCCGCAGUGUCUUAUAUGACGACCAGAACAACGUGGUCAUCUCGGGUGGCGAAGACGGCAAACUGAACGCGUGGUCUUGCCCACCCGGCCUCUUCUCCUCGGCCUCUCCCGAAGAGGCUUCGGUUCUCGACCACUUGGCGCCAUCGCGAAAUGACGAUGCGGGCGCUGAGAUGGACACGAGUAUGGACGUGGACAUGGACAUGGCUGACGUUGCGGCGCCGAUAUCGGCACCGAGGAUGGUGUCUUCUCCUUCGUCUGGGAGGAAAAGGGAGUACGAGGAUCCCACCGAUGGUAUGUCAAAGAAGGCGAGGCGAUGAACCGAACUACACCAAGGUCACAAAAGGCGCGAAACAACGGUGGCCGGUCGCACGUGGGAUCAUAUUCCGGUUCGUCUGGAUGCGCAGGAGAAGGUCUGCCACACGAUCGGGCCCUCCGUGAAGGCGACGGGAAAGGUGCCAAAGGUGUUGAUUGCCAUUCCCCUCGCGAAAAAAAAAAAUGGGAAAAGCGGGGCGGUGACGGCUCCAGCGUCCGCUUCAGUGUGCUCGGUUAUAACGAACAGUGCUUACCAGACCAGGAAACAGUGCAGUGUUGUAUCAAUAGUGGGCUUGCCCGACGAUGCUUUAUCUAACAAUGUAUCCAUCCGACCAAAGGCGAAGUGUAU